AUGGGGCACACUUCCGACUCGGAAGCCUCCAAACGAAAGCGUGACGUUGAUGAUGCUGGUGGUCAACCAGGACGUGCCCAGCUUGCACCCGCAUCCGCAUCCCUACAGCAAGGCAUCCCCGGCUACAUCCACUAUCUCCCAAGGUCAAACACCUCUCACUUGAGUCUAAUACAAGGUGAUGGCGAUACCUUUGCCGAUAUCCUUGGUCUCAUCGCCGAAUACGAAGCCGCUCUCGACAGACACGAGAGCCUUGCAUCAAGUCUCGGAGCCAAGUUGACUGGCCCACGCCUUCUCAGGGGCAUUGAGAAAUUUUUCGAUGGGCCAAUCAAAACCACACCUCUUCAGCCUUUCUCCAACCCCAUCAGUUGGCUGGACGUGGUCAUUUUCGCAAGAUCCAACCCCAAGGACUUCAAUCUUGUCCCCAAGCCAGAUGGUUCUCGAUGUUGUCAGUUCCUACUCAAGGGCUCUCAGGUCGAAAUCACCGAAGAUGACUGGCGUCUGGUGUGGUCCGGCGCCCUUGACCGUUUCCCCCUUGACCACCCCCUUGAGGAAGACGAAACGGCGGAAAUGGCGACGCUAGAUAUUCUCGAGCAGAGGACAUCCAUUCUAUACAAGAAGGCUGACGAGGUCGCGGCAAGGGCUCGCAUUCUCAACCACCGACUUGGGCAGAGAAAGCAGGACAUUCGCCGGCGCCGAAACGCACAGGAUCCUUCUUCAAGGUUCCCAGCUAACAGUGCCAACCAAAGAGGGUCAAAUUUCAGUUCAGGAUACGAUUUACAUGCGGAUCUUCUUCAGCAGUUUCUCACUGCCUCAGCCUCGCCGCCUCCUUCACGAUCGACAUCAGUAACUGGAGUGCCUCUCGCCACUCUCAGUCAACCAUCGCCAUCUCACAGUACGACGUAUACCCAGACUCAUGCUCCUCGCUUCUCUGGACACUCCGCGGAGUCCUUGAUGCAGCCUGCGGUCGACAGCAGAGAGACUGCCUUCCGAUCUCUUAUCACGCAGAGGACAGAUCAACUGGGCAAAGGCGAUGCGAUCAACCCUCCGUGCGACCGAUGCCGGCGCUUGCGAGUAGAAUGCAUCAAGCAUUUGACGGCCUGUUCAGGCUGUACCAAGAAGCAUGCAAAGUGCAGCUGGAAGACGGUCACGGAUGACGAGUUCCGACGCCUCAAGCGGGAGAUGGGUCUCCGAGACGAGAUGGAUAUUGACGGGCAGUCAGAGGCUGGACCAGCACCGGACACUUUGGAUACGAGGGAUCCUCGAUCGAGCCGGCUCAGCGAUAGACAAGAAGCAGGCCGGACAUCAGGAGAGAGAACCCCUGGCACUUUGGGAGAUGAUGGCUCUCGACCUCCGAGCCGUAGCCGCAGCGAUGGGCACCCUCCGAGUACCAUGGAACCUUCAACUGCAUCGAUGCAUCGCUUCGACCUGAGCGCCGAGCGGCAUCGUCUCCCCUUUGCCAUGGGACAAUCAAGUGCAAAGUCAGAUCAAGGAAGUCGAGGGAAUGAGCAUAUGCAGGCUGGUUCUAGUGCACCCAGCCUGGCUACGACGGUGGCAAUGGCCCCCAAGAACACGCAUAGAGUUAGCGAUGGUUCACAAAACACUUCACCCAGCUAA